UGGAGGUAAGAGUUCCCUGCCUAGUCCCCGUUCCUCCAGGCUCCCAGAAGUCUCCGGUCAGAGGGCCCAGGCAGCCUCUGCAGCUCUUGUCUGCUGGAACCAUGGACUGGCAACAGUUGUGGCUGAGCUUUCUACUUGCCCUGACUGUCUCAGGCCGGGCUCUGGGGCCAACAGAGAAGGAGGCAGUCUUGGAUUAUCUGUUGCAGUAUGGAUAUCUACAGAAACCUCUAGAAGGAGCCGAUGACUUCAGUCUAGAAGAUAUCACAGAGGCCCUAAGAGCUUUCCAAGAAGCAUCCGACCUGCCAGUUUCAGGCCGGAUGGAUGAUGGCACAAGGGCCCGUAUGAAGCAGCCCCGCUGUGGUCUGGAGGAUCCCUUCAACCAGAAGACUCUUAAAUACCUGCUUCUGGGUCGCUGGAGAAAGAAGCACUUAACAUUCCGCAUCUUGAACCUGCCUUCCACACUCUCACCCUCCAGAGCCCGGGCCGCCCUGCAUCAAGCCUUUACGUACUGGAGCAACGUGGCCCCCCUGACCUUUCGGGAGGUGAAGGCUGGUUCGGCGGAUAUCCGCCUCUCCUUCCAUGGCCGCCAAAGUCCAUACUGCUCCAAUACCUUUGAUGGGCCUGGAAAGGUCCUGGCCCAUGCCGACAUCCCAGAACUUGGCAGUGUACACUUCGACAAAGAUGAAUUCUGGACUGAGGGGACCUACCAAGGAGUGAACCUGCGCAUCAUCGCAGCCCAUGAAGUGGGUCAUGCCUUGGGCCUUGGGCACUCCCGAUACACUCAGGCACUCAUGGCUCCCGUCUAUGCUGGCUACCAGCCCUACUUCAGGCUGCACCCAGAUGAUGUGGCAGGGAUCCAGGCUCUCUAUGGCAAGAAGAGUCCAGAGACAGAGGAUGAGAAGGAAGAGAUCGAGAUUUCCACUGUGUCACCAGUAACCACAAAACCCAGUCCCAUGCCAACCCCCUGCAGCACUGAACUGGAUGCCACGAUGCUGGGACCUCGCGGGAAGACCUAUGCUUUCAAGGGGGACUACGUGUGGACUGUAACAGAUUCAGGGCCAGGCCCCUUGUUCCGCGUGUCUGCUCUUUGGGAGGGGCUCCCUGGAAACUUAGAUGCUGCUGUCUACUCUCCUAGAACAGGAUGGAUUCAUUUCUUCAAGGGGAACAAGGUGUGGCGCUAUGUGGGUUUCAAGAUGUCUCCUGGCUUUCCCAUGAAAUUCAACAGGGUAGAACCCAACCUGGAUGCAGCACUCUAUUGGCCUGUUAAUCAGAAGGUGUUCCUUUUUAAGGGCUCAGGUUACUGGCAAUGGGACGAGCUGACCAGAACAGACUUCAGCCGCUACCCCAAACCAAUCAAGGAAUUGUUUACUGGAGUGCCAGACCAACCCUCCGCAGCGAUGAGCUGGCAAGAUGGCCAAGUGUACUUCUUCAAGGGCAAACAGUAUUGGCGGCUUAACCAGCAGCUUCGUGUGGCGAAGGGUUAUCCCAGAAACAUCACACACUGGAUGCACUGCAAUCCUCAGACUCCGGACACAAGCUCGUUAACUGGGGAUAUUCCUCCCUCAACCACAGACACAAUCUUGGAUACCACUCCUUCAACCACGGACUCAAUCUUGGACAUGAUUCCCUCAGCUAUGGACUCUGUCACGCUUUCAUCCCCCACUAACGUCACCCUGCAAGGGGCCUAUGACUAAUCAGUGUCUGCUCAUUAGGACGGUGUGGAUGUUACAGCAUUGGCCCGGGAUAUAGGCCUCAUGGCCCGAAUGUUCUAAUUCUGGAUACCACUUUCUUGUGCUCCUAGAGGGUGCCCCUGAAUUCUGAGUCAGUCCCCAAUUCCCAUUUCUCCUUGUCACAUAGCUCUUUCA